GUACGUAUUUCCUAAUUAUUUUUUUUUUUUGUGCAGUAUGUAAGUUUAGAAAUUUCGUAAAUUAGUUUAAAUAUGGUUAUUGGUGCCUUUCCGAUAGCAAAACUUGGCAUAUUGGCUGUCAAGCAAAUAAGUAAACCGAUUAGUGCUUUAACCAAGAGGGCUGCUCAACAAAAUUCCUUCAUUAAAUCGUAUAUAGUUACCCCACCAGCUCAACUCUAUAAUCAAAUUGAAGUACGUUCAAAACUAUGGCUCCUGAAUUUGGGUCAACCGAAACGUAUUCCGCCUUUAUCACAAGAUAUGGCAAUAAGAAUGGGUAGCGAUAUUUUAUCCGAACUUCUCAUAUUUAUAAUUGGUGUAUCAUUGAUAUUGGGAGAGUUUUCAAGGCAAUCCCGCAAUGAUACACGUAAACAUGAGAAGCAUAAGGCCGAUAGAUUGUUACUUGAACAAAGGAUUACGGAUUUAUGUAAACGUAUUGAACAUCAGGCCAAAGAAGUCAAAGAUCUAAAGGCCCAAUUUAUUGAAAGCCAUGAAUCUACCGAACAAGAAUGUUAUUAAAUACUUAAAUAAACAUUCAAAAUUGAUAGAAAGUUACAUAUUCAAA